GCCGCCAUCUUUGAUGCGCGGAGUGAUUGUCUGGCGAAUAGAAGUGAUAGGAAAUAAAAAAUAAAGACCGGAACAAAAAAAGUUGGAAAAUAUCGGUCCCGGGAGACGAGCUGAAAGAAAGAGGAGAGGUGGAACUAAGGAAGAGCAGCGAAAGAAGGCAUGAAGAAAGAAUCUUAGUCGAGUCAUGGCUGAUAAACGAAAACUACAAGGUGAAAUCGAUCGAUGUCUAAAAAAAGUUGCAGAAGGAGUCGAACAGUUUGAGGACAUCUGGCAAAAGCUUCACAAUGCAGCAAACGCCAACCAAAAAGAGAAAUAUGAGGCUGACCUCAAGAAAGAGAUAAAGAAAUUACAGCGCCUCCGAGACCAGAUUAAGACGUGGGUGGCCUCGAACGAGAUCAAAGACAAAAGGCAGCUAGUGGACAACCGCAAACUCAUAGAGACACAAAUGGAGCGCUUUAAAAUCGUAGAGCGAGAGACAAAAACGAAAGCAUACUCCAAAGAGGGACUCGGGCUUGCUCAGAAAGUAGACCCCGUGCAGAAAGAGAAAGAGGAGGUCGGACAGUGGCUCACGACGACAAUAUACACGUUAAACAUGCAGGUGGAACAGUUUGAAAGCGAGGUGGAAUCACUAUCGGUCCAGACACGGAAAAAGAAAGGAGACAAAGAGAAACAGGAUCGAAUAGAUGAGCUGAAAAAGUUGAUCGAGAGACACCGCUAUCACAUUCGAAUGCUGGAGACCAUCUUGCGAAUGCUGGACAACGACUCGGUACAGGUGGACUCCAUCCGUAAGAUCAAGGACGACGUCGAGUACUACAUCGAUUCAUCUCAAGAUCCUGAUUUCGAGGAGAAUGAGUUCCUCUAUGAUGACCUUGACCUGGAGGAUAUAUCCACGCCAUUGGUUGCCACAUCUCCUCCAGCUCAUGCGGAGGAUGAAAUCUUCCAGCACUCCAGUUCCACACCGACAUCCACCACGUCGUCUUCCCCGAUCCCGCCAUCUCCGGCUACUUGCACUACGAAUUCCGAGGAUGAUAAGAAGCGAGGUCGUUCCACAGACAGUGAAUUCGGUCAGUCUCCAGUGAAGAAUGGCAAUCCGUCAUGCCUUUCAUCCUCAUCGUCCUCUUCAUGUUCGGGAUCCUCCUCUGCGUCAGUGGUGUCCGUGGCGACCAUGGCAAGCAGCAGCAGCUCGUCUGGUGGCGGCGCCGGUGGCGGCGCCGGUAGCCUCCUGAGCAACAUGGCAGGCCACGUGCAAAACUCGUGCAGCUACAGCUCUGCCAUUCAGCAGCAAAUGCAGCACGGCCAACAGCAGCACCAACCCAAAAAUGCCAUCAAUUCCCAGUCCAACUCCUCUGUUCCUCCAGCUCCUUCCAGUAUCCUCUUACCCAACCCAACAUUAGCCACUUCUCCUACCAGUAUCAGUGCACCAAGCAACCAGCCCCAGUCUCCACUCACUCCUAACUCGGCUUCCAGCCUGAGCCACGCUCUCACUAUAGGCUUAGGCAAAAGUAGUGCACCAACGCCCAGUAGCGUCGGCCAGAUUCCCGGCCUUGGUCUCUCAGGGAUGCCGGCAUCCAGGAACAGUCUCCCAGGGCCGCUGCAAGUUUCCACCCCGGCGCCGUAUGCCCAGGCCGCCGCAUCUGGCACCGUCAACGCCAGCGUCACAAACUCCGGUGGAGUUCCAUCAGCUGGCACAAAUGGAAACGGUGCCUCAACAGGUCUCCUUGGGUCGGCACCUGGCACCACAGGCAUAAUAAGCAGCGCGGUCUUGGGUCUGGGGACUACUCAAACUGCAGGCCAGCCGCCGUCGUCCUUGGUGGCGCCCAGCCCUAUUGGAGGAGGACUGGUGCAGACGAGCAGCGUGGGCGUCAUCGGGAGCAACAUCGUGAACGCAACAUCAGGAAGUGCAGCCGCCGUAGGAGGCACAGGGCUUCCACGCCCACCUAGUGGGCAGAAACAGAACGGUGGCACAACCUACAGUGCCAUAGUAGCAGAUAGUUCUUCUGAUUCUACCCUCAGCAGUGCCAGCCAGUUACAAAACAACCAAGCCUCAACCUUAAAUACCACAAUCAGUCUGCCUAAGGACACCGGUUCCAGCCUUCUGGGGUCUAUAACUCUUCCUACCAGUUCACCAUCGCCCCCGUAUAGUGAGAGUAAACCAAGUGGGGGCAGCCUGUUGAAUGGACCUCUUUCCUACACACAAGCAGCCGACGCCAUCAAGCCUCAGGAACCGCUCAGUUCUCUGAAAUCGUUGGCAGAGACCGCAGCUCAGGGCUCAGGUUUAGAAGGAGAACUCACUGCGCUACAUCUCACUGGAGGAAGCAAAGUUGUAGAUUGGAAUACAGGAGUGUGCAAUGGUUCAGAUAUUUUCCCUAGUUCCACAGCCCCAUCAGGUCCUCCUACAGCCCCUCAGUCUUCCCUUUCAGAGGUUAACAUUCCUCCAUCACUGGGCGUCUGUCCUCUGGGUUCUAUCCCCAUCUCCAAAGAGCAGCACUACCAGCACGUUAUGCAAGAGGCAGCAUGGACACACAUGCCCCACCCGUCAGACUCAGAGAGGAUCAGGCAGUACCUGAUGAGGAAUCCCUGUCCUACAUUGCCUUUUCAUCACCAGAUGCCACCACCUCACUCGGACUCUGUGGAGUUCUACCAGAGACUGUCCACAGAGACACUCUUCUUCAUUUUCUACUACCUUGAGGGCACAAAGGCUCAGUAUUUGGCAGCCAAAGCAUUGAAAAAGCAGUCCUGGAGGUUCCACACCAAGUACAUGAUGUGGUUCCAGAGGCACGAGGAGCCCAAGACCAUCACCGAUGAGUUUGAGCAGGGGACGUACAUUUACUUCGACUAUGAGAAAUGGGGCCAGAGGAAGAAAGAAGGUUUCACGUUCGAGUACAGGUAUCUCGAGGACCGGGACCUCCAGUGACGGCCAACGCAGAACUGCAGACUACUGUCGACAUUCCUGGACUGAAUCCACACUCUCACGCUCAUGAAGCGUGGUGUCUCAGAUGCUGUUGCGAGGCUGUUUUUAACGUCUCGUCGCUGCACAAUGCCUUCGGAGUUUCUCCCAGUUCUUAGAAAAUCCACUUUGCCCAGUACUUUUUUUUUUUUUUUUUUUUUUUUCCACCUACCAACUUGUUAUAAGAAAACUCUUUUAACAUUCAACAUCUUGCCAGAGAAUUCUCGAGCCAAAGAGACACAAGCGUACAAAAUUUCGUUCAAUAAACACAAAGUCUGAUCGUGCCGCUGGUACGAUUGAGCAAAUCCGUUCUAGCACAAGGAGCACUGACAACAAAAUACCAUCGCUAAUUUCAUUUUUAAGCUGGAUGAAAUUCAUUGGAAACCAUCGUCAGUAACUCCAUUCAAUGCUUGUUCAUUUUAAUAAUACAUACAGGACACCGGCCAUAUCCGUAUACAACAUUCUAGUGUUUAAAACGGUAACAUCCAGCCUCUUUUUUUAACUAUACAGUGUGAGGGAGAGAGAAUUAAAACCAGCACCAACACUAAAAAAAAAAAAAAAAACUAUAUUCAGAAUCGGAUCCAUUACUGAGGCUCAGGAAAAUUAAUGAAAAAAAGAAAAGAAAAAAAAAAGGUAGCUAAAAGACUUAGUCUGCAUGAUUACAAUGUUGUGUAUGGGAUCAUAUGACGCUUUGAUUAGACUGACAAAAAGAUGACAAAAGUAAAGCUCUCCAUCACUAUCAGAUGAAUUUGUUGAAUUGGAGCUGACCCGCUUUCGAACUUUUACGCAAAAAAAAAAAAAAGGACUCGCUUUUCUGAAGAUCCGACGUCACUACAGUCACGUUAGGGACAAAAUCUCUUCAACUACCUUACUUUUCAUUUUAUCUGUCGGCCAUCUGCUUCAUUAUUUUACAAACUUCUCCAUGUCACUCGUAUGAUUUCAUUUCUUUUUUUUUUUUUUUUUUACUUUGUUUCUUUUCCUUAUGAGAACUGACCAUGUUAAAUAUAAUUAUAUGCAGAAAGUUGAGUCAUUACCUUCUGUUUAAUUUCCUUAAACACGCUGCAUGACACCAAGUGGCCACAUCGUCCCACCCGGUUUUUGUUACGUUUACCUUUUCUGAGUGUACUGUAUGGAAGAGAAUAAAAAAAAAUGUGAAUUAUAUAUAUAUUUUUUUUCCUAACUGGAAAAAAAGUGAUGUACAGACGAUGAUUAUUUCAUCUCACAUCAUUUUUUUCUUCCCCUCCAUUAAUAAUAAAAAAAAAGUUUUAAAAAGUUACAACUGCAAAGUGGAGAGGAUUCAAAGAACAUUACGAGACAUUAAAAAUGAAGUAAAGGAUUGUAAAAUAUUAAUAAAGAAAUUACUUUUCA